GUUUUCCAGCACAAUGUAAAUUUCUGUUCCCAAAUGAAUUCAUAUUUAAUCCAUGAAUCAGUUAAACUCAUUAAUCUGAAAUGAUUAAGAUCAUUCAGUUAUUUUACAUGUCAAUAUAUUUGUUUGUAACUCACUUUAUUUUAUUGAUUGUUGUUGCUGUUGUUGGUAACUCAGUAUUCUUCAUUCUGUUCUUCAAUAAUUCUUCAUCUCUGUGAAAUCGUGUCAUUUCCAGGUUGAGUGAUUGAUUGAUUGAUCUGUGUUCAGUGUCAGUUUAUCUGAGCGAGGAAAGGACUCUCUCUCUAAGAUGAGUCUCUCAGAGAAACACAGAGUAAGAUCAGACUCACAUGUGUCCAGCUCUGUGUCUAUGAAGAGUAACCAGUCAAAACAUGAAGUACCACCAAACUUAAGUGAGAAAAAAACAUCAUCUGAUAAAAGCCUGAAUAGAUGCAGUAUUACAGACAAACAGUGUGCCAUCCUGACUUCAGCUCCAAAAUCAAACCCAUCACACCUGAGAAAGCUGAACCUUAGCUGGAAUAAACUAGGAGACUCUGGAGUGAAAAACCUCAGUGAUCUACUGAUGAACCCACAAUUUAAGCUGGAGAAACUACAUCUGGAUAGAUGCAGUAGUACAGAGAAACAGUGUGUCAUCCUGACUUCAGCUCUGAAAUCAAACCCGUCACACGUGAGAGAGCUGAACCUGAGCUGGAAUAAACUAGGAAACACAGGAGUGAAGCACCUAUGUGACGUACUGAAGGAUUCACACUGUAAACUGGAGAGAUUGAGUUUAAGCUUCUGCAAUAUCACAGAAGAAGGUUGUUCUGCUCUGACUUCAGCUCUGAAAUCAAACCCAUCACACCUGAGAGAGCUGAACCUGAGCUGGAAUAAACUAGGAGACUCUGGAGUGAAAAACCUCAGUGAUCUACUGAUGAACCCACAAUUCAAGCUGGAGAAACUACAUCUGUAUAGAUGCAGUAGUACAGAGAAACAGUGUGUCAUCCUGACUUCAGCUCUGAAAUCAAACCCGUCACACCUGAGAGAGCUGAACCUGAGCAGGAAUAAACUAGGAAACACAGGAGUGAAGCACCUAUGUGACGUACUGAAGGAUUCACACUGUAAACUGGAGAGUUUGAGUUUAAGCUUCUGUUAUAUCACAGAAGAAGGUUGUUCUGCUCUGACUUCAGCUCUGAAAUCAAACCCGUCACACCUGAGAGAGUUGAACCUGAGCUGGAAUGAACUAGGAGACUCUGGAGUGAAAAACCUCAGUGAUCUACUGAUGAACCCACAAUUCAAGCUGGAGGAACUAGAUCUGGAUGGAUGCAGUAGUACAGAGGAACAGUGUGUCAUCCUGACUUCAGCUCUGAAAUCAAACCCGUCACACCUGAGAGAGCUGAACCUGAGCUGGAAUAAACUAGGAAACACAGGAGUGAAGCACCUAUGUGACGUACUGAAGGAUUCACACUGUAAACUGGAGAGACUGAGUUUAAGCUGGUGUUGUAUGACAGAUGAAGGUUGUUCUGCUCUGACUUCAGCUCUGAAAUCAAACCCAUCACACCUGAGAGAGCUGAACCUGAGCUGGAAUAAUCUAGGAGACUCUGGAGUGAAAAACCUCAGUGAUCUACUGAUGAACCCACAAUUCAAGCUGGAGAAACUACAUCUGAGUGAAUGCAGUAUUACAGAGAAACAGUGUGUCAUCCUGACUUCAGCUCUGAAAUCAAACCCGUCACACCUGAGAGAGCUGAACCUGAGCUGGAAUAAACUAGGAAACACAGGAGUAAAGCACCUAUGUGACGUACUGAAGAAUCCACACUGUAAACUGGAAAGAUUGAGUUUAAGCUUCUGUUAUAUCACAGAAGAAGGUUGUUGUGAUGUGACUUUAGUUCUGAAAUCAAACUCGUCACACCUGAGAGAGCUGAACCUGAGCGGGAAUGAACUAGGAGACUCUGGAGUGAAAAACCUCAGUGAUCUACUGAUGAACCCACAAUUCAAGCUGGAGAAACUACAUCUGGAUAGAUGCAGUAUUACAGAGAAACAGUGUGUCAUCCUGACUUCAGCUCUGAAAUCAAACCCGUCACACCUGAGAGAUCUGAGCCUGAGCAGGAAUAAACUAGGAAACACAGGAGUGAAGCACCUAUGUUACGUACUGAAGGAUUCACACUGUAAACUGGAGAGAUUGAGUUUAAGCUUCUGUUAUAUCACAGAAGAAGGUUGUUCUGCUCUGACUUCAGCUAUGAAAUCAAACCCGUCACACCUUAGAGAGCUGAACCUGAGAGAGAAUAUAAUAGGAAACACAGGAGUGAAGCGCUUAUGUGAUGUACUGAAGGAUUCACACUGUAAACUGGAGAGAUUGAGUCUACAGCGUUGUGGCAUUACAGAUGUUUCUUCUUUAACUCAGUCUUUGACUAACUCAAAAGCACUGCAGUUUUUAAAAGAUCUUGAUCUGAGACACAAUAUGAUAGGAGACUCAAUGCAGCGGCUCCGUGACGUGCUACGAGACUCAAACUGUGUCCUCAGAGUAGAUGAAGAUCAAUUGCCAGUUGUCUCUAAACAAGUUCAAUCUCCAAACAUUCCUGAUAGAGUUCAGUCGCAAAAAAUGUCUCUAAAAGAGUUCAAUCCCCAAAUUCUGAUGGAUGCUUUAUAUCAUAGUUUGAAAUCUUCAUGAGAGGAUCAGAAAUCAUCAGGGGAUCCACAGAAGAGUCUCACUACUGUGUCUAUGAGGAAAAAUAAAUGUGUGAUUAAAAAGUCAUGUGACAAAGUAUCAGAUGGACACAUAAAUGGAGGACAAGACUAACAGAUAUUAUGAUUGAACUAAAUCUGUUAAACACUUUUUAGAAUUAAAUGAAUUACCUAGAAUUGUAAGUAAAAUCCCUGUAGAAGUGUUUUAAGUGUUUGGGAACAGAUAUGGAUCUCAAACUGAAGUCUUCUGUAUCAAGCAGUUGUUGAAGGUGGAGUUUUGAGGAUUCAUCAGAGAGAAAACAGAAACAAUAACUUCAUGUACUGUAAAAAGAAAGAAACUUCAGUUCACUGUUGUAAAACUAUUAUAAAACUUCAUAUUCUUACUGUUCAUGCUCACUGGAGUAGCAUUGUGGCUGUGGAAUACCAAUAAUCCCUUGCUCUUUAAUAAUUUUGUGCUUGGUCAAAGCAAAGAUCUUGACUGUAAAUAACUGGUAUUUUGAAUUGACAGAUCUUUGAGCUUCAAUUGUUGUUUAAUUAAAGAUUUGGUUGUAAA